CGGCGCCUCCCCGCUCAGUGACACACGGACCCGGCGCUGGGAAAGAGAAGGAGGCGGAGGUGGCGGUUGCGGAGGGAGCGCUCGGGAGUCGUAGCGGCGGCGGCGCCUCCAGCAUGGCCGGGUCCACAGAGGCGGCCGCUCCGCCACCCCUUUCGUCCGGUCGCCACCCUCCCUCCUCGUCGUCCCGUCGCUGCUGCUGCUGCCGCCGCCGCCGCCGCCCGGCUAUGCCCGCCCUGCCCGGCUGGCUGUCGCUGGGCUUCCUCCUCUCCCGCGUCUGCUGCGGUGCCUUAGCUGGACCAAUAGUUGAUCCACGUGUGAGAGCAGUAUGGGGGAAGGAUGUUACACUGAAAUGCAUAAUUGAUAUAAAUGAAACAUUAACACAAAUUACUUGGGAGAAGAUACAUGGAAAGAGUGCACAGACUAUUGCUGUUCAUCAUCCUGAAUAUGGAUUUUCCGUUCAAGGAGAAUAUCAAGGAAGAGUAUCAUUUAAAAACCACUCGCUUACUGAUGCAUCAAUCAUCCUAUCAAAUGUUACCUUCUCUGAUUCUGGAGAAUAUGUAUGCAAGGCGGUUACAUUCCCUCUAGGAAAUUCCCAGUCAUCAACAACUGUGGUUGUUUUGGUUGAACCAGUUGUGAGCCUAACAAAGGGACCAAAUACUUUAAUAGAUGGUGCCAAUCAGACAGUUGCAGCCAUUUGCACAGCAGCCACGGGGAAACCAGCUGCCGAGGUUGUCUGGGAAGGUGAUCUUGGUGAAAUGGAAUCCACAUCAAUAUCCUACCCGAAUGAAACUGUGACAGUUGAGAGUCAAUACAAGCUUGUCCCCACCAGGUUUGCUAGAGGAAGACUUAUAACUUGUGUUGUGAGACAUCCAGCUUUGGAAAAGGAAAUAAAAAUGCCUUAUGUGCUAGACAUUCAAUAUUCUCCCGAGGUUACAGUAACUGGGUACGAUGGAAAUUGGUAUAUUGGAAGAGAGAAUGUUUUACUCAGGUGUAAUGCUGAUGCAAAUCCACUACCAAUGGAGUUUACGUGGAGUAGGUUGGAUGGACAGUGGCCUGAAGGUUUACAGCCUUUAAACAAUACUCUGCAUUUCAACAGUCCAUUGAGUUACAAUUAUACUGGAACAUAUGUUUGUAAAGUGGCCAAUUCUCUUGGCCAAAGAAGUGAUCAAAAGACCAUCUACAUAUUAGAUCCUCCUACUACUACCACCUCACCACCCACGAUUCCAUGGCUUCCUUCAACUGAUGGCAUCACAGGUUUAGCAACUCAGCCAAAACUAAUGCUUUUCCCAACUUCACCAUGGCCAAAAAUUCAGGAAGACAAUUGGGGCACCAUCAUCGGUAGUGCAGUGGGCGGGGCUCUUUUCCUGAUACUUGUAAGUGUUGUGGUUGGCGUUAUUUGGUACAGGAGAAGGAGGACGUUUCGUGGCGACUACUUCGCUAAGAACUACAUUCCACCAUCAGAUAUGCAAAAGGAGUCUCAAAUAGAUACGCUUCAGGUAGAUGAAGUGGAUUCUUAUCCUGACAGUGUGAAAAAAGAAAUAAAACAUCCAGUGAACAGUGUCAUUACUAAAGACUACUCAGCAGAACCUGAAAAAAAAGACUGGAACAAUGUAGACACUAUUAACAGAUACCAGGACAGGUAUGAAAGACCAAUGGAUUACUAUGAAGGUGGAACACUGGGAAUGAAAUACUUGGGUGAAGGAUGUUAUGAGGAAAACGAAGAUGACUUAGUUUCACAUGUAGAUGGCUCUGUAAUAUCUCGAAAGGAGUGGUAUGUGUAAUGACCACUUUCAAAUCUGACUAUACAUAAAGCUCCUUCAUUAGCUGAUCACUUUCAGAUUGUUUAUACUUUUUUCUUGAGGAAUAAGCUUUUUGAAGUUGAUUUUCAAGCUUUUUGUAUUCUAACUUGACAACUGAAAUGUAAAAACCUCGUUUAAAUGUAUUGAAGCUGCUUUAUGAUUUUUUCAAUGCUGUACUACUGUCUUUCACAAGAUUUGAAUUUUAAUAUAGUGCUUUAUUUGGCCUAUAGCACAAGUUAAUAACAAAGUGCUAAGUUAAAAGAGAGAAAGAAAUUGCUAUAAAAAGUUUGAAAUGGAGCAACUGUCUUUCCUUUAUGACUACAGAUUUCAUGAUCAAGAAUAGACUUUUGAUCUACAAAUUCUAGUAAAAGGUAAUGUAAAAUUGAUUCAAAUACAAAGUUGAUCUAAGGCACAUUUUGUUUACAAAAGGUAACUUUUACAAUAUGAAAUAUUCUGAUGGCACAGUUUUUUCAAAGCUUUAUUUUUAGGUUUUCUGCACAGAAUUGAAUACCUCCUACAUUUUUGAGCCUGCCAUAAUUAGAUUCUGUAGUGGGUACCUUUUUACAGAUGACUUGUUGCACUGAACCUGCUGCAGUGUGGAUUUUUCAUUGAACAAAGUCUUGCAACGUAACACUAAACUAUAUUUUAACACUGUGUUGUAUUUCCAAGCACUGGAAUAUUGGAUUCCAAACACUUCAGUCAUGUCUCCAGAAGAGUUCCUUACAAAAGAUUAAAUAUUGCCUCCAUUAAAAAAAAAACCUGUUCACUCUGUUGAAAUUGGGGGAAAAGUUAUAUUCAGAAAAUAUUAGGUUUCCCUAGGUGCUCUAUAGAAUGUCAAUUAUGCAUAAAGCUAAUGCAUUCAGUUGGAAUCUAGAUGUAUCUUCACUCAGAAGUUGCAUUUUAAGAAAUAUUUGGCUUUUUACAGAACGGUGAUGUUGCAGGAAGUGGUGUGGGCUGUAUAACAAAAUGUUAACUAAAGAACAGAGAAAUUUUAAAAGCAAAAGCAACCUUACUCACAAUGUUAAGCUCUGUUUCAUAAGAAUGUCACUAUAAAAAACCAUAUUUUGAGAUUAAAAGAUGAAUGUGCAACGAGACACACUUAAGGUGUCAGCUAAUGAUAUAUCUUUUUAUGAAAUCCAUAGAGGCAUUUUUAAGUAUUCAUGCUGCUUGAAAAGAAAUCUAGUAGUAAAUUGUUUUUCUGUACACCAUUAAAGUAAGGAUCUGAAUUGAUGAAAGAAAUCUAUCUUUGCAAGAAAGAGGUAUGCUUCCUCUGAAAAAUGUGGGAAAUGGUACAACUCGGCUGUUAACACUACAUCAAGCAUAUAGAUUUAGGAAACAAAUGUAAUUGCUUAUACAGAGAGUAUAGUGCAGCCAUAGGAACACAGUGGUGGCUAUAGUUUUAAGCAUACUUGCUUGAAAGCAAUUAACAUUUUUAAAAUUGAAAAGGUUAAAGUGUGUGUCUUUCAACAAGCCAGAGAUUCAGAUACAUUUGUAUAUGGAACAUUAGAUGAAUUUGGCAUAAUUGAUGUACAGACAUAGAGAUGUGCUGUUUUGCCAUUAUUUCCCGAUAUAUAUCUUUAAGUAAUAUGAAAACAGUACAAAAUGACCUACAGUAUUUUAGAGCUUUUCAGUGAGUACAAUAUCUAUAUUUAAGGUACAGUUUUGACAGUACACUGUGACUUGGUUGUUAUGUCUUCAAAAGCGUGACUGCAGUUUAGUAUUUAUAAAUACAUGAAGCUGAUUUUCUACAGAUCUCGUAUCACAUUGAUAAUUCAAGUGGUAACAUUACUUUACUUGACCAAAGUCUCUCUUCAGUACAUUAGGAAGUGAAAUUAUUAAACCAUGCUUGCCUGUGAACUCAAAUGAGUUUCUAUAAUUACUUUGUGGAUCUGAUCUAUCAUUAGCUGAAGUAAAGUUACUUCGUUAGCUUUUGACCAGGCCCUAAGUGAACAUCAGGUCCUAAUGUGUGUGUGCUCCUUGCUUUUUUAAAGAUAGCUUGUGGUCUAUCGAUCUUAGGAUCAUCUCCAGUGUAAUCUAUAGUGGCACAUCUCCUGUAAGCCCCCUAAAAAGCUUUCUUGUAAUGCUCCUAUUUAGAAGUGAGUAUCUGAUACUCUGUGUUCUUUAUCAUAAGUUUGUUAAAAUUUAUCAAGAGUUUUACAGUUGAAUAUGAGAGGUUCAUAAUAAGUUUAAGAUGUUAAGUGUUGCAGUGUUUCUUACCUAAUGUAUGUUUGGUGUAAAUAGAGAACUGACUGUAAGUAUGAAUAGCUGUUGUGUGAAAUAAACCUUUUGUUAAAUUAA